UCCUGCAAACCCCUCUCUCUUCUCUCUCAAGAAAGAAAAAGAAAAAGAAAAAUGAAUCCUCACGCUCUCUUCCUACAACUCCUCCUCAUCAUGCCCUUAGCAUUCCUGAAUUUUACAAUAUUGCCCUCAACCUCCUCUCCAUCCACUGACAGUGACUUGUCUUUCUUCGAUGUCAAUUCCGUGAAUCCAAACGCUGCCUUGAAUCCGAAGCAACAGAAGAAUCAGACAUCGAAGGGUCCGGUGGUUGAGAAGCGUUUGGGCUGCGAGGAGUGGAGCCAGGCCUGUUCGGAAGAGUUGUUGCGCCUGGCGAGACGGCCCGAGGCGGUGGAUUGGGUGAAAGGGAUUAGGAGGAGAAUUCACCAGAAUCCGGAACUUGCUUUUGAAGAAAUCGAGACGAGUCGGUUGGUGCGAGAGGAGCUGGACCGGUUGGGGGUCAGUUAUAAGUACCCGUUGGCUAAAACGGGUAUUCGGGCUUGGAUCGGAACUGGUGGGCCUCCGUUUGUGGCGCUGCGGGCUGACAUGGAUGCCCUCCCAAUUCAGGAAGCAGUAGAAUGGGAGUACAAGAGCAAAGUAGCAGGAAAAAUGCAUGCCUGCGGACACGACGCACACGUUGCCAUGCUUAUGGGUGCUGUCAAGAUCUUGAAGUCUCGCCAACACCUCUUGAAGGGAACUGUAAUAGCGGUGUUUCAGCCGGCAGAGGAAGCGGGGAACGGAGCGAAAAGUAUGAUUGAAGAUGGGGCUCUGGAGGAUGUAGAGGCCAUAUUUGCAGCACAUGUAUCCCAUGAACUUCCUACAGGAAUCAUUGGAUCAAGGCCUGGUCCUUUCCUUGCCGGAUGCGGCUUCUUCAGGGCAGUUAUCAGCCACGACCAUCCCCGCUGCGUUGAACCCGUGUUGGCUGCCUCCGCUGCUGUCAUUAGCUUACAGGGCAUUGUGUCCCGCGAAGCCAAUCCUUUGGACUCGCAGGUUGUGUCAGUAACAACGUUCGAUGGAGGCAAUAGUCUCGACACGAUGCCUGACAGAGUGGUUCUUGGUGGUACCAUAAGGGCUUUCUCUAGCGGAAACUUUCAUCAGCUUAUCAAGCGAAUUGAAGAGGUGAUUGUCAGUCAGGCGAGCGUCUUCAGAUGCUCAGCGACUGUCGAUUUCUUUGAGACGAAGUCCGGGAUUUAUCCCCCGACUGUCAACGAUGAGCAAAUGUACGAGCAUGUGAGGAAGGUUGCCAUUGAUUUGCAGGGUUCGUCGGGUUUCCGGGUCGUUCCACAGGUGAUGGGUGCUGAGGACUUCUCCUUUUACUCUCAAGUAAUACCUGCAACUUUCUUCUUCAUUGGCAUAAAAAAUGAGACCUUGGGUUCCAUACAUACCGGACACUCACCCUAUUUUAUGAUCGAUGAAGAUGCUCUUCCUAUCGGAGCUGCAACUCAUGCAGCUAUAGCAGAAAGAUAUCUCAUUGAGCAUGGUUGAUAUGGCAUCUCACAAUCUGCAGAAUUCAAUCACAAGCACGUACAGAGAACAGAAGUUUCCCAAACUUGAUUCAUUCUCUCCAAGUUUUGGUGCAAGUCUCCUAGUUUUUGUGUACUUACAGCUUUAGAGCACAAGUAGGUAUUUUAGAUUUCCUCUUCCUUAGAGUAUAUUUUGUUCUGCUAACAGUUGCACUGCUGAAAGUAAAUAACUUAUUUUUUGUGACACUGGGAAGGUCUGGUUCAACAGUAAUAGAAUGGCAAUGCUCUUCCCACAA